CUAUGUUCCGUUUUCCACGUUAUAAACAGAGACAUCAGCAAGCUGUGUAUAAAACAGCAGGUAUUUUAUACGGUGGAGAACUCACAUAUUCAGAAAGAGUGUGCCUUGUGCUACACUUCAGGAAAGGUUUAUUCAGCCCUUUCCUAAGACACAGCGAAAAAAAUGUCUGAAAAACCCAUCCGAAUCGCCAUCGUCAACCAUGAUAAAUGCAAGCCAAAGAAAUGCAGACAAGAGUGUAAGAAGAGCUGCCCAGUGGUGAGAAUGGGUAAACUGUGUAUAGAAGUCACCCCGCAGAGCAAAAUUGUGUGGAUAUCUGAAUCACUCUGUAUAGGAUGUGCUAUCUGCAUUAAGAAAUGUCCAUUUGGUGCCUUGGCUAUUGUCAAUCUGCCAAGCAACUUGGAGAAAGAGACCACGCACAGAUACUGCGCCAACUCUUUUAAACUACACAGGUUACCAAUUCCGAGACCAGGAGAGGUUUUAGGGUUAGUUGGCACUAAUGGCAUUGGAAAAUCAACAGCACUUAAGAUCCUCGCAGGAAAGCAGAAGCCUAACCUGGGGAAAUAUGAUGCUCCCCCAGACUGGCAGGAGAUCCUGGCGUACUUCCGAGGGUCUGAGCUGCAGAACUACUUCACCAAGAUCCUGGAAGAUGAUCUGAAGGCCAUUGUGAAGCCUCAGUAUGUUGACCAGAUCCCCAAAACUGUCAAGGGCAGUGUGGGCUCGAUUCUGAGCAGGAAGGAUGACACUAAGACAGAGGCCAUUGUCUGUGAGCAGCUAGAUCUAACCUAUCUGAAGGACAGAAAUGUUGAGAAUCUAUCAGGAGGGGAGCUGCAGCGGUUCGCCUGUGCAGUGGUGUGCAUCCAGAGAGCAGACAUUUUCAUGUUUGACGAGCCCUCCAGUUACCUAGACGUGAAGCAGCGCUUAAAGGCCGCCAUCACCAUUCGCUCUCUAAUCACACCUGACAGGUACAUCAUUGUUGUGGAGCACGAUCUGAGUGUUCUGGAUUACCUGUCAGACUUCAUCUGCUGUCUGUAUGGGGUCCCAAGUGCCUACGGUGUCGUUACCAUGCCUUUUAGUGUACGAGAAGGCAUCAACAUCUUCCUGGAUGGAUACGUGCCAACUGAAAACCUUCGGUUCCGCGACGCUUCUUUGGUGUUUAAAGUGGCAGAAACGGCCACAGAGGAGGAGGUAAAGAAGAUGUGCCGCUACCAAUACCCCAACAUGAAAAAGCUCCUGGGUGACUUUGAGCUUCGAAUCAUCGAGGGAGAGUUCACUGACUCUGAAAUCAUGGUCAUGCUAGGGGAGAACGGCACCGGCAAAACCACAUUUAUCCGAUUGCUCGCUGGCCGACUUAAACCAGACGAUGGCGGAGAGGUAUCGCUCCUUAACGUCAGCUACAAACCUCAGAAGAUCAGCCCUAAAUUCAAAGGUGGCGUCCGUGCUCUGCUCCACGAGAAGAUCAGAGACGCGUAUACACACCCACAGUUUGUCACAGAUGUCAUGAAGCCAAUGCAGAUCGACAGCAUCAUCGAUCAGGAUGUUCAGAACUUGUCUGGAGGAGAGUUACAGAGAGUAGCACUGGCUCUGUGUCUGGGUAAACCUGCAGAUGUUUAUCUGAUAGAUGAGCCCUCAGCCUACCUGGACUCAGAGCAACGUCUGAUGGCUGCUCGGGUUAUUAAAAGAUUUAUACUCCAUGCCAAAAAGACAGCCUUUGUGGUUGAGCAUGACUUCAUUAUGGCCACGUAUCUGGCUGAUCGUGUCAUCGUAUUUGAUGGUAUUCCAUCACAGCGGACCACUGCUAACACGCCACAGACUCUACUAGCUGGCAUGAACAAGUUCCUCUCGCUGCUGGAGAUCACAUUCAGGAGAGAUCCCAACAACUUCAGACCAAGAAUCAACAAGCUUCAUUCUAUCAAGGACACGGAGCAGAAGAAAAGUGGAAACUACUUCUUCCUGGACGACUAGCUUCACGUCACACCAAAAACAAUUCUGUGUUUCCUCCAAGAUCGUGCAUCUAACCAAGAGAGCAGAGAUGCGAGGUUUCUGCCUCUGUGGUGCUCUGUACAGCUUUAAGUGAGAUUCUGCUUCUGUUUUAAUGUGCACUAAUCUUCCAUUGUCUGCAAAAAAAUCUCCAAACCGUGAUUGGCUGUGUUCCAAAUGGCAUACUAUUUAUAGAAUAAAACA